UUGGUCGUAACUUCCCCUCCAAGGAGUAAGCGUCUUUUAAUUUCAUGGCUGCAGUGAUUUUAGAGCUCAAAAAAAUAAAGUCUGCCACUGUUUCCACUGUUUCCCCAUCUAUUUGCCAUGAACAUAUAGGUCUAGUACCUGAAUAUAUAAUAGAUACUUAAAAAUCAACCCAGUUUAAAAGUUAGCUAAGAAUUUGAAUAGACAGUCCAAUAAAGAAGACAUACAAAUGGCCAGUAAACACAUGAAAAGAUGCUCAGUAUUGUUAGUCAUUAGAAAGAGGCCAACCAAUGCUUUGAGAUACCACUGCACACCCACUUGGAUGUCCAGAGCCAAAAUAACAGCUGUUGGUGAAAAUGCGGAGAAAUUGGAGAAAUGUUUGUUUAUAUUUUGUCUACGUAUUCACUAUCCUUCUCUACUCCCACUGUUAAUGUGAAAAUGCAAAAAUGGUGCAGCCAAUUCUUCAAAAUGUUAAACAGAAAUAUGAUCUGUCAACUCCAUGAACCUAAGUGUAUACGCAAGAGAGUUCAAGGCAUAGAACCUCUUAUGUGAACAUUCAUAAUAACAUUUAUUAAUUGCAUAAUAGCCAAAAGGUGGAAACCACCCAGAUUCUCAUUAACUGAUGUGUAGAUGAACAAAAUACGUUCUCUCCAUAAAAUGGGAUAUUAUUCAGCCAUAUAAAAGAGUGAGGGACUGAUGCAUGCUUUGAUACGGAAGAAUCCUGAAAACGUACCAAGUGAGAGAAGCCAGACACCAAAGGCCACAUAUUGUAUGAUUCCAUUUUAUGUGCAAGUCCAGAAGAGGUAAAUCCAUAAAAACAGAAAAUAAAUUAGUGGUUGCCAGGAGAUGGAGGAAGGGAGAAACUGGGAGUGACUGCUUUCUUGUAGGGUUGAAGGAAGUGUUCUGGAAUUAGAUAGUGGAGAUGUUUGUACAGCUCUGUGCAUAUACUAAAAAUCACUGAAUUAUAUACUUUAAAAUGGUGAAUUUAUGAGAUUUAUAUGUCGAUAAUAAUUUUUAUGUUAUUUAAAUUAUAGAAAGAAGGAAUAAUUAAUUAUACAAUGAUCAGAGAAGGUUCAUGAGACGACAUUUCAGUUGGGCUCAGUCUGUUUCACUCUGGAAAGUGCUUUGGGCCUUCAGUAACAUGAUGAACUUGAAGUUUAUUCUGAAAGCAGUGGGAAUUGAUCCAAGGGUUUGAGUAGUGGAGUGAUUAUAUCUUCAAAGCAGUGUUCUUUAGAAAAGUGUAGUAAGUGGAUUGACGCAUAAGGAGACCUUCUCGGAGGCUGUUACAGUACAUAAGAAAUUUAUCAACUAGAAGGAAAAGUAAAGGAGAAGAAAGAAAAGACAGCCCCAAGUUUGGGUGCCUGGAUAGAUGGUGACGCCAUUGAUGGAGUGAGACAGAGGCAAGGAGAAGGAUUUAGGGGAAAGAAAUGGCGGUCAGCUUUGGAUGGACUGAGUUUAAAGCAGCCAUGGGAGGUUCAGGUGAAAAGACCAUCCUCCAGGCACAGGGAGAUAACAAGGAUGAACCUCAGAAGAAAAGAUUGGAUUUUGAAAUAUUGAUAGAGAUCUGGGUAGCCUCAGCAUAUAGGUGGCAGUUGAAAUUGGGAACUAGAUGAUAUCACCAAGGACAGAGAAGAUGAGAGAGCUGAGGGUGGAAUUUCAGAGCUUCUGUGCUUCUGUGACACACUGCAUCAACCUCUAAACAGUUGCUGCUGUAUUUGUAUUUUAAUUAUUUGUUUGUCCUCCUCUAUUGGACUGAGUUCCUGAAGGCCAGGACCAUGCCUACGUUGGCAUAUUCCUCCUCCACAGCUGGCACAGGGCCUGGCAUGUGUCAGCUCUCUGUAGAGGUUUGCAGAGCUGAAGGCUCACCUAGAUUUAAGAGAGGAGGCAGGGGUAAAGCUACAGCUGCGGGGAGGGGUGCGACCCAAGUCAGUGUCAAGAUGAGAAGUCAGAAGGGGGCAGCAGGUUGAGGAGGUGGGUAUUUAAAGAGCUCUGGAGAGAUGAGGACUAAGAAGAAGCCAUGGAUUUCAGAAGAGCAUGGUAAUGGGAGGAGCUAAACUGUGUAUGCUGGUGGGCGACUAGAAGACUAAGAAGCCUGGGCUCUACAUAGAGACUCCUGCUUGGAAGCUUGUUGGCUGUGAAAGGAAGGAGAAGAGAAGGAGGCGGUGGCUUGAAGACUAAUCAGAGUUGAUGGAAGGUUUUGGUGUAGUAGUCUGUUUCAUUUUAGGACAGGAAGCUUGAGCUUUUUUCUAGGGUGAAGGGAAGGAGCCAUUAGAAUGAGGAAACUUUGAGGAUAUGUAAAUGAUGCCCAAGAGGAGCCCGAGGCUGUUGGAGGCCCUAACCCUGUACAGGGAUUAGCCGGAGUUUCUCUUCUAGGGCAAAGGGUAAGGGUAGCUGCGGAUGCUUUGAAAUGGAGUGAAGUUGGGAACAGUCUUACCAGAUGAUAUUAUCUGCAGAGACUAAGAGGAGGGCUGAGGGCUUGAGAGGCAUGGAGAAGAUGAAACAGACAUACUCCCAGUAUAUGGUGACACCAGCCAGAGAUCGUCGGAAGGCCGACUCUCUCUGGAUUCCCAGGAAGGGGACAGUGGCUUGGACUCCGGCACAGAACGCUUUCCUUCCCUCAGUGAGUCCUUGGUGAAUCGGAACUCGGUCCUGUCAGACGCUGGGCUGGACAGUCCUCGCACCUCCCCUGUGACCAUGGCCCGCCUGGCGCAGCGCCACCGGCGGCAGGGCUCCGACGCACCAGUGCCCCCCAGCAGCGACCAGGGUGUAGAUCAGAGCCCAAAGCCUUUAAUUAUUGGCCCAGAGGAAGAUUAUGACCCGGGUUAUUUCAACAAUGAGAGCGACAUCAUAUUCCAGGACUUUGAGAAACUUAAGUCGCGGCCAGCUCACCUGGGGGUUUUUCUGCGGUACAUCUUCUCUCAGGCGGACCCCAGUCCCCUGCUUUUUUACCUGUGUGCAGAAGUUUAUCAGCAAACAAACCCCAAGGAUUCCCGAAGCUUGGGAAAAGACAUCUGGAAUAUUUUCCUAGAGAAAAAUGCGCCUCUGAGAGUGAAGGUCCCAGAAAUGUUACAGGCAGAAAUUGACCUGCGCCUGCGAAGCAGUGAGGAUGUGCGUGCGGCUCUCUGUGAGGCUCAGGAGGCAGCCAUGCCUGAGAUCCAGGAGCAGAUCCACGACUACAGAACAAAGCGCACCCUGGGGCUGGGCAGCCUAUACGGUGAAAACGACCUGCUGGAGCUGGAUGGGGACCCUCUCCACGAGCGCCAGGUGGCCGAGAAGCAGCUCGCUGCCCUAGGAGACAUCCUGUCCAAAUACGAGGAAGACAGGAGCGGCCCCAUGGGCUUCGCCCUCAAUACCUACAUGAGCCAUGCGGGCAUCCGUCUUCGAGAAACACGACCUCCCAACACGGCUGAAAAGGCCCAGUCCGCUCCUGACAAAGACAAGUGGCUACCCUUCUUCCCGAAAACCAAGAAGCAGAGCAGCAAUUCCAAGAAAGACAAGGAUGCCUUGGAGGACAAGAAGCGAAACCCCAUUCUCAAGUACAUCGGGAAGCCCAAAACCUCUUCCCAGAGCACAUUUUAUAUUCCCUUGUCCCCUGUGGAAGAGAAUGGAGGAAGAAGAGCAAAGGCUGCUGUCAAACCCGGCAACGUGAGGAACAUCAUUCAGCACUUUGAGAACAACCAGCAGUACGACGCCCCGGAACCUGGGACGCAGCGCCUCUCAACAGGAAGCUUUCCCGAGGACCUGCUGGAGAGCAACAGUUCACGCUCAGAAAUUCGCCUGGGCCGGUCUGAGAGCCUGAAGGGCCGGGAGGAGAUGAAGCGGUCCCGGAAGGCGGAGAACGUGCCCCGCUCUCGCAGCGACGUGGACAUGGACGCCGCCGCGGAGGCCGCCCGCCUGCACCAGUCAGCCUCCUCGUCUGCCUCCAGCCUCUCCACCAGGUCUCUUGAGAACCCAACCCCUCCCUUCACCCCCAAAAUGGGCCGCAGGAGUAUCGAGUCCCCCAACUUGGGGUUCUGCACAGACCCCCUCCUCCCCAACCUGCUAGAAGACGAUCUGGGCCAGCUGUCUGACCUGGAGCCAGAGCCAGACGCCCAGAACUGGCAGCACACAGUGGGCAAGGACGUGGUGGCCAGGCUGAGCCAGAGGGAGAUUGACCGGCAGGAGGUCAUCAAUGAGCUGUUCGUGACCGAGGCAUCCCAUCUGCGCACACUCCGGGUCCUGGACCUGAUCUUCUACCAGCGGAUGAAGAAGGAGGGCCUGCUGCCCCGAGAGGAGCUGGCCCGGCUCUUCCCCAACCUUCCCGAGCUCAUCGAGAUCCACAAUUCCUGGUGUGAAGCUAUGAGGAAGCUCCGGGAGGAGGGCCCCAUUAUCAAAGAAGUCAGUGACCUCAUGCUGGCUCGGUUCGACGGCCCUGCCCGGGAGGAGCUCCAGGAGGUGGCUGCACAGUUCUGCUCCUAUCAGUCCAUCGCUCUGGAGCUGAUCAAGACCAGGCAGCGCAAGGAGAGCCGGUUCCAGCUCUUCAUGCAGGAGGCCGAGAGCCACCCUCAGUGCCGGCGACUGCAGCUUCGAGACCUCAUCAUCUCCGAGAUGCAGCGGCUCACCAAAUACCCGCUGCUGCUGGAGAACAUCAUCAAGCACACGGAGGGCGGCACCUCCGAGCACGAGAAACUCUGCCGGGCCCGGGACCAGUGCCGGGAAAUUCUCAAGUAUGUGAACGAAGCAGUAAAGCAGACAGAGAACCGGCACCGUCUGGAAGGCUACCAGAAGCGCCUGGACACCACCUCUCUGGAGAGGGCCAGCAACCCCCUGGCAGCAGAGUUCAAGAGUUUGGAUCUUACAACCAGAAAGAUGAUCCAUGAGGGGCCUCUGACCUGGAGGAUCAGCAAGGAUAAAACCUUGGACCUCCACGUGCUGCUGCUGGAGGACCUCCUGGUGCUGCUGCAGAAACAGGACGAGAAGCUGCUGCUCAAGUGCCACAGCAAGACAGCCGUGGGCUCCUCGGACAGCAAGCAAACCUUCAGCCCCGUGCUCAAGCUCAACGCCGUGCUCGUCCGCUCGGUGGCCACAGAUAAACGGGCCUUCUUCAUCAUCUGUACCUCUGAGUUGGGCCCACCCCAGAUCUACGAGCUGGUGGCUUUGACAUCAUCAGACAAGAACACGUGGAUGGAGCUCUUAGAAGAGGCUGUUAGGAACGCCACCAGGCUCCCCGGAGCUGCCCCAACACCCAUCCACCCCCCGCCCCCAGGCCCCCAGGAGCCAGCCGACCAGAGCCCCCCACGCAGCAGGGCAGGACCGGAUGACUCCGAGGUGUUCCGUGGUGAAGCGGAGCCUGGGGCAGCCCCUGGAGGCAUGGGGUGCCAGCAGAGGGUCCAAGGGAAGCCCUCGGCCCUGCUGGCAGAUGCUGAGCAGGAGGGCAGCGUGGAGGAAGAGGAACUGGGAGCGCUGCCUCACUCUUCUGCCUCGCUGGACAGUGAGCACAGGGGAAGCAGGACGAGGGACCCCCUCCUCCUGCCCCUCCCAGGCCCUCUCUUCAUAGAAGGACUCGCCGACGCAGCCCUGGAGGACGUGGAGAACCUGCGGCACCUGAUCCUGUGGAGCCUGCUGCCCGGUCACCCCACGGACCCCCGAGCUGCCGGGGAGCCCGAGGACGACCUGACCCCUACACCCUCCUUCAUCAGCAUCACUUCGCACCCCUGGGACCCAGGCUCCCCAGGGCGAGCUCCUGCGGGGACUGAAGGGGACACUGCCCCACUCUUGGGGCCAGAGUGGAGCCAGCCUGGACAGGAGGACAUGGCUUUGCGUUCUCUGGAACAACUGCCCCCAAGGACCAGGAAUUCUGGGAUCUGGGAAUCUCCCGAGCUAGACAAGAGUCCGGAGGAAGAAGCUUCAAGCACAGAGGGCACAGGAAGUUACAAAGUUGUAAGAAAAGCGGAGGUGGCAGGCAGCAAGGUGGUCCCUGCACUACCAGAGAGUGGCCAGGCAGGGCCUGAGCCACCCGAAGCGGAAGGCGGAGCAAAGGCUGCGGGGAACUGCUUUUACGUCAGCAUGCCGGCAGGACCCCCUGACUCAAGUACUGAGCCGUCAGGAGCACACACGAGCCCUUCCCAGCCCGACGGCCUCCCUGCCUGGCAGACAGAGCCUCAGCCCCCACUUCAGGGAGGCCAUGGAGAUCAAAAGCGCCCCAGCCGCUCUCCCCCAAGUCUGGCCCUCAGGGAUGUGGGCAUGAUCUUCCGCACCAUCGAGCAGCUUACCCUCAAGCUCAACCGGCUCAAGGACAUGGAGCUGGCCCACAGAGAGCUGCUCAGGUCCCUCGGGGGCCAGUCAUCUGGCGGCACCACACCUGUGGGCAGUUUCCACACGGAGGCAGCUAGAUGGAUAGAAAGCUCCCUCUCCCCUCCAGCCAAGGAGCCCCCGGCCUCUGACUCCACGGACAGCCGCGAACUGGGGCCCUGUCCUGAGGAUGGCCCCACUCCGCUGGAAGACGGCAUGGCAGACACAGCCGCAUCCCCAGGACCGUAGCUGUCGGAACCACUGAGUCCUCACAUCCCCACUCCUCCGCUAGGGACUGGCCUGAGGCAGGCGCAGGGUGGGGAGACCCCAGACCUCCUCCCUGCGGAAGAGGCGGCUGAGGAGAAGGCUCCAGCCGAGACCCCGGGGGAGAUCCGCAUGUUGCUUGGUCUGCUCAGAUUGGAGUCAAGUGUCAGUGUCUUUUCCCCUCCCUUCAGGCCACCCCUUCAAGGCCUCCUGUCUCUAAGCAUGCAGACUGCAUCUGAAAGGCCCCCCUUAUCCCCACGUACUUGUGCGCGCCUGUAUGUGUGGGUGCCCUCAGACAAGCCAGUGUGAGUGUAAGGAGGCAGCUCCGGUGUAAAUGCACUUUCUUCCUCCCCUCCCUUCUCCACAGGACCCCCAGGCUGGGUGGGUGUCUCCACCUCUCCUCUCUUUGUCACUUUGGUUUCCUAUAAAUAUGUAUGUAUUGUAUGUGUAUCUCUGCGAUUGUAAAUAACUUCACCCUUUUUUGUUUCUGAUCCUGGAGCGCUGGAGGCAGUUACAGAGGGGCUGCUAAGGGAACAGGAGGUUCACUUGGGCCUCCUAGUUAGCGGCCCAGCUCCAGGAUCAGGACCCAGAGGUGGGGCCAUCCCUGAGGCCCCCAGCUUCCAGCCUCCUGGCCCGGUGCUGAGCCCCUCCCUCCCUCCCAAGACUUCUCAUCUUCAGGGGAACUUCUUACCCUACCUGUGUCCACCCUUCCCCACCCUCUCCCCGUAGAAAACCAGUGUAUCAGGUACAGAGCUGAAAACUGGGCCCCAGGACGGGGGGUAGGGGGUUGAAUGCUGGAGUCCCUCAACUAACCUAGGACCAUCCCCAGGGGCUACCACAGCCUUGGCCCCCAUUACCACACCCACUCCACCCCCCACUGACUAAUAGAAUAUACACACUGUGCUAGGUGUAUAUAUACAUAUAUAUAUAUAAAUAUAUAUAUAUAAUAUAUAAAAUAUAGAUAUGGAAAUGACUGUUUUGCUGUUAAAAUAAUGUAUACUCUUUUAUUUUCUUCCUUUCAUGGUUAAGUUUUUUUUGUUUUUUUUUUUUUUUUUUAAGAAAAGUUAAAUAUUCUUCAACUGUG